CAUAAAGAACCCGAAUCAACUGCCAAUGACAGCUACAGAGUUCAGUCAUCACAACGUGUGUACAGUGCGCACAACGUCAUGACGUACGUUUAGGGCAAGAGAAUGGCGGAUAGUUGUGACACACCAAUAGAGAGGGUCAAUAUGGCCCACCGAUACCUCCUUCUGUCACGAUGCUCCAGGCGUCUAUUCCAAAACGUGCUCCCCUUAAGCGUAAGGACAAACACUGUGCAACUGUUCAAGACCUCUGUGCAAGCGGACAGUCAUAUCACCUUGGACCAGGGAUCUCUGCUCACCAGUGUGUUAGGCGCCUAUAGGAGACUCUGCUCCAAGCCUCCUAAAGGAUUUGAGAAGUAUUUCCCCAAUAGCAAGAACAGCCCUAAAAGCAGUGAGUCCAAACCAACCAACUCAGAAAAAGAGGCCAAGCUGACCAAUGCACAGAAAGCAGUUGGGAAGUCAACAGGGGGAGGUGGGGGAGGAGGAGGAGCGGGGGGAGGGAAGCGAGGAGGCCGGAAAGAUGACUCCAGCUGGUGGAGCCGGUUGCAGAAGGGGGACAUUCCCUGGGAUGACAAGGAGUUCCGCAUGUACUUCCUGAGCGGGACAGCCUUCUGGGCCACAGUUAGCUACUACUACUUUUUCCGCAACGCUGGACGGGAAGUUACCUGGAAGGACUUUGUCAACAGUUACCUCGCAAAGGGAGUUGUGGACAGACUGGAGGUGGUGAACAAGCGCUAUGUCAAAGUGAUAUUUGCCCCUGGAAAGACUCCAGUGGAUGGACAAUAUGUGUGGUUCAACAUCGGCAGUGUGGACACGUUUGAGCGCAACCUGGAGACGGCGCAGAUGGAUAUGGGCAUCGAGGGGGAGAACAGGCUGCCGGUGGUGUACUCCACCGAAAGUGAUGGGUCCUUCCUGCUCAGCAUGCUACCCACGGUGCUCAUCAUUGGCUUCCUGCUUUUUACGCUGCGGCGGGGACCAGCUGGGGCGGGGCGGCCAGGGCGGGGCAUGGGCGGGCUCUUCAGCGUGGGUGAGACCACCGCCAAAGUACUGCGCGACGAGAUCGAUGUCAAGUUCAAGGACGUGGCAGGCUGCGAGGAGGCCAAGCUGGAGAUCAUGGAGUUUGUAAACUUCCUGAAGAACCCCAAGCAGUACCAGGACCUGGGAGCCAAGAUCCCCAAGGGGGCAAUCCUCACAGGGCCGCCUGGCACAGGAAAAACUCUGCUGGCCAAGGCCACUGCAGGGGAGGCCAAUGUGCCCUUCAUCACCGUCAAUGGCUCUGAGUUCCUGGAGAUGUUUGUGGGUGUUGGGCCUGCCAGAGUGCGUGACCUGUUUGUGCUGGCCCGUAAAAAUGCCCCCUGCAUCCUGUUCAUCGAUGAGAUUGACGCGGUAGGCCGCAAGCGAGGGCGGGGAAACUUUGGGGGUCAGAGCGAGCAGGAGAACACCCUGAACCAGCUGCUGGUGGAGAUGGAUGGAUUCAACACUGCUACCAACGUGGUGGUGCUGGCAGGUACCAACAGGCCUGAUAUCCUCGACCCUGCACUCAUGAGACCUGGCCGCUUCGACAGGCAAAUAUACAUUGGACCCCCAGACAUCAAGGGCAGGGCUUCCAUAUUCAAAGUUCACCUUCGACCCCUGAAACUGGAGUCUGACCUUGACAAGGAGGUGCUGGCCAGGAAAAUGGCUGCCCUGACUCCAGGUUUCUCAGGUGCUGACAUUGCCAAUGUGUGCAAUGAAGCCGCACUUAUAGCCGCGCGUCACCUUUCUGAUGCCAUCAACCAGAAGCACUUUGAGCAGGCCAUUGAGCGCGUGAUCGGAGGUCUAGAGAAGAAGACCCAGGUUCUCCAGCCGGAGGAGAAGAAGACUGUGGCGUACCAUGAGGCGGGGCACGCUGUGGCAGGGUGGUACCUGGAGCAUGCAGACCCCCUGCUGAAGGUGUCCAUCAUCCCGCGGGGAAAGGGGCUGGGAUACGCGCAGUACCUGCCCAAGGAGCAGUACCUGUACACCAAGGAGCAGCUGCUUGACCGCAUGUGCAUGACGCUGGGGGGGCGCGUGUCUGAGGAGAUCUUUUUCGGCAGGAUCACCACGGGGGCACAGGACGACCUUCGAAAGGUGACGCAAAGCGCCUAUGCUCAGAUUGUGCAGUUUGGGAUGAAUGACAAGGUUGGCCAGGUGUCUUUUGACCUGCCGCGGCAGGGCGAGAUGGUGCUGGAGAAGCCGUACAGCGAGGCCACAGCACGCCUCAUUGACACGGAGGUACGGGAGCUCAUCAGCACAGCCUACACACGCACUCACGCCCUGCUGGCUGAGAGGAAGACCGAGGUGGAGAAGGUGGCUCUGCGUCUGCUGGAGAAGGAGGUUCUGGACAAGAACGACAUGGUGGAGCUGCUGGGCUCACGACCCUUCGUGGAGAAGUCAACCUACGAGGAGUUUGUGGAGGGGACGGGAAGCAUGGAGGAGGACACGUCCCUGCCCCAGGGCCUGAAGGACUGGAACAAGGAGCGGGACAAGGACUCAGUGGAGACCACAGAGGAGCAGGUGGCCCGGCAGAUCAAAGGUGGGAUGCCCUUCUGAGCCACUCCCUCUGCAGGUGCUGGCCAUGCCUCCACACCCUUAUCCACCCGCUCAUCUCCAGUGCCAAACAUGCUCAGUGGUCCUGGUAGCAUGCGAGUGGGUCAGGGUUUUCAUGGUCGCUCUGCCAGACACUCUCAGAGUGGAUGAGGGACCGUGAAGAAUGGCUUUGCAGUUACACAGGCGGAGGCUAAAAGUAACAUUAAUAAUUCUCUAGCUACUACAAGACCAGGAAUGUGGAAGAAUGCGCUUGUGAUGUUGGGGAGUAAGAACAGAAUCCUUGCGGCGUGUCCUGAUUGAUUCUGCUUCUGUGAAGUGGAUGUGGAUUGACACUGGAGGGAAAUGCAUUGUUAUGAUAAAACAGACAAAGAACAACAUUUCUAGUUAGUGUACUGCAUCACUUUGAAUACACAGGUAAUAAACUAGGAUCCUGUCCUGUCAAAUGCUUUUUAUCUGUAUAUGAUCGGAAAUAUACAAGCUUCUUCCAGAGGCACAAAGACAUGGUGUAAUGAUGCAGGUACAAAAUAAAGGACAGAGUCAGUGUAAACAAUGACUGCCAUGUGGGUCUGAUGCUCACCUGGCUGCUUGCUGUUUCCCAUUCAGUCGUCACCCUUAUAAUGACUUUUGACCUUUGCUGUAAUGGCCAGGGAUGUAAUAGAAGAAAUCACUAGCUCUGCCGUUGUGUUUGUCUUCUUGUGAUUGGCAAAAAUAAAAGCACAACCGAUGCCCACUCACAGAGGUGCUUGUAUGCCCCCACCACACCCCUCUCCACACCCAAUGAUUUUUGGCUCAGCCCUGCAACUCAGCCAAUCAAAACGCAGCUGACUGUUCAGCCUCUACUGCAUCUCCAUCUGCACGUACUAUGCAGUGUGCUUGCAACUGUCACUCCAUUUACAGCCUCAUAGUCGAUUGUAUACAUUUUUAUCAAUGCCAAAACCCAUAAAGACAACACAAGAUAUUUAUGUGUAAGAUAUUUAUGCUGGGAUGAUGAACUCUGGAUAUGCUUUUGAACAUGAUCUAAAAGUAGUCAUUCUUCUACAGGGCCUCAUUAACAUAAGAUAUUCUCUGUGCAAAAUCUCUAAGUAUUCAUCAUUAGCACUCUUCCAGCUACAGAUAUGUAAUAUAUU